AUGUUAAUAAAUAGGACACAUUACCAAAUAUUGUCCACAUAUUAAUUAUUAACAUAGAAUUCAAGCUAAAUUUUCAGCAAAACAAUAAUAAAUUAGCUAGAAACGAUAAGUAUAUAAUCGAUAAAAGGCAAGAUCUUAAAAUGCCAAGUAAAAUUUCAAUAUAUUAUUUAAUUAAUUUUAUAUCUUUUUGAUAAAUUGUUCACUAAUCAUUUUUUAAUAACUGGAAAAAAAUUUUAAUAUUUAAAUUCUUCUAAGUUUUUGUUUGAUUUGAAUUAUUAAAAUCAAAUAAAAACAUAUUUAAAUAUUAUAAAAAGGGGAUUUUUGAAAGUAUUAAAGUAGCAAAGAAUUCAAUCAGAAAGUGAAGAAUAAAAAAGUUUAAAUAUUUUGCUAGAAAACGAUUUUUACACAUUUUCAUAAAUAAAAGAUUAAAAUAAAUUUAGUAAUUCGCAGAUUGUAGAAUCUUCGCCUUAGAAAAAGAGAAACCAUCAAUAAAUUAAAAAGAGAUAAAACUUAAAAGAAUAGGCUGAUAAAAAUUUUAAAAAAUCUUAGCAAAUACUUGAUUAGAGCGGAGGAGAGGUAUUUGAUGAAAUUAGAGAGGAAAAAAGCACAUUUGAUCAAAUGUAAGAAAUAGAAGGAUAAGAGUCAUAAAUAAAGUUUAUGAAAUCCAAGAGUAAAAAUACUUCGUUUCUCAAAAACUCAAUAACGGUUGAUACGUGCAGCAUUUCAGAUUUUGCAAAAAACACCAACACAAAUCCCAAAUUAAAUUCUUAGCAAGAUGAUGAAACAAUUAAUGUGACUUCUAAUUUAAUAAGCGACUUUUAAAUAAAAGACAUCCAAAAAAUUUAUAAAUAACUUACUAAUUAAUAAUAAUAGCAAAAUAACGAAUAAAUUUGUAAUAAUUUUACAAACAGAUGCUCGAUUGACUCAAGUAAUAACAUAAAUUGUUUUUAAGAUAUGAUUUUAAAUGUUAAUGGAUAAAUUAUAUAUGAUUAAACUGAAUUAUAGAAUCCAUCAACAAUUAUAUCAAUAAAUUAAGGAAUUUAUUCGGAGUAGUCACAUAAAUAAUUAUCAAGGAUAGAACCCUUCUAGCAAUAAGUUUGUCUCAAUUAGAAAAAUGCCAAUCUUGAUUUGCAAAAAAAAUAAAAUAUGUUAGAUAAUUUAAUUCUCAAAAUUAAAACUCAUUUUUAAAAUUAAGAUAGUAUUUAAUAAUCUUCUUGCUUUUCAGUUGAUUCCAUUAAAAAAUUUAAAUAUUACUUCCCUACCUUUAACUAUGAUAUAAUCUUUAAAUAAUAAGAAAAGUAUUUUUGUUUAAGAAUUAAAAAAAGCUUAACGUGUAAAAACAAUGAAAAUCAAAUUAAAAAGCAUUGA